UCAUCACGUCAAGUGACGGCCGUGUGACGAAAGCGACUUUUGAGGUAGUCCACCCCAAAACAUGUCUCUCGUCCCGGGCUAGCAAGCAGAAUUACACCGGCUAUGGCAAUCCUUGUGUACCUUGACGCUGUCAUGUUUUUAGCCCUGGCCACGCAAAUCGAACGUUGACAUUCACCGAGGUCACAAGUUCCACAUUAAAUCCAAAGAAAAUGGCGGAGUUCUCGCCCGUCUUACCUAUGCGGGAUGGAGGAGCAGGAGGACGAUUCGGCCAGCCUAUCUUUCCUCGCUCGAGGUCCGGUUCCGAGUCGGAGAGCGAACUCUCCCAAAGCCUGGCUCGGACCAAGAUACGUUCUUAUGGAAGUACGGCGAGCGUCACGGCCUCCCUGGGAGAGAGAUUCAUAGAGCAUCGGGUUACAGAUAGCGAUACUCUGCAGGGGAUUGCCCUCAAAUAUGGUGUAACGAUGGAGCAAAUCAAGAGAGCCAACAAGUUGUUCAGCAACGACUGUAUCUUCCUCAAGAACAGCCUAAGCAUCCCAGUGGCGGUGCCCAAGCGCUCCAUUUUUAACGGACUGUCUUUGGAGUCUCCUGACGGGGAUAUCGAAGCAGCGCGUCAGGAGAUGGAGACUCCCUGUGUCGUGUCGCAGGACCUUGAGGGACUUUCACCGCCAUCCUCGCCGCCUCCUGAAGACUCCAGAGCCUCCCGGCCCCAAGCGGAGGAGCUCUCUGCCAAAGACUUCUUACAAAGAUUAGACUUGCAAAUUAAACAGUCAAAGCAGGCAGCGCGCAGGCUGAAAGAAGAGGAAAUAAGGAGCAGUGAGGGGAACUACGCGGCCCCCACCACGUCAUACCAAGAAAUAUGAUGGACCAUUGUGUUUACCUUAACCUCGCUUGUUUGUUUACCUUCUUGCUUGUUUUGUUUGCCUUUUAUUUAUUAUGAAUAUGCAAGCGUUACGACUUGUAUGAUUGUUGUUGUUGUUUUUUUAUGGUACGGUUGCCCUGGUAGACAGUCAGCACAGCUUGCAUACAGGUACUAUCGAACUAUUUAUGCACCGCUGCAAAUAGACCGCCCGCAGCUGCACAUGCGCUCAUCCGUAUAACCUCAGUAAAACAUCACAUAAGAGGCUAAAGUCUUCAUAUUCAUCUCAUUAGUUCCCUAAAAGCCUUUUUCACAAAGUCCGAAGGGACACCUCUAUUUUUGGAGUGCAUCAUUUAUGUGUGUGGACAUGUUUUUAUGUGCUGCUAUAUUUUACUUAUUGUUAGGCCAGAAUAAAUGAGUACAUUGAGCAAAAAAUAGAAAUGCAACUCCUUUUGCUUACAUUGUUCACAAGCCAAACUCACAGAACUAAGUUUUAUCAAAAGAAAAGUGCUUGUGAAAAAUGGCAGCAAAAACAAUUAUUGCUUUUGUAUUUUUGUUCAGUGUAUUUCAACCCGA